GUCUCAAAACCACUAAUCAAUUAUUUUCUUCUCUUCUCUUCUCUGUUGAACAAAAAAUUAUUUCCUAAUUUUCUUACAUAUAUUAAAAAAAAAAUUAAAAAGCCCGCCCGUUGAGCAUUUUUCAGCAUAAAUACCCAAAAACCCACCGGUUAAUAUCUUCCAAGUAGAAAUUCUCCUCAUUGGUUUCCCUCCUGGGCACAUCUCGCAGAUUGUAGAUGUGUUCCAUGACUGAAUCAACUAGGUGUUACUAGUUUUGGUAUUAUCUUUCCUUGUCAUUAUGGCUACAAAAAGGUUAAAAGAGCAGCAUACAACAGAGGGAGAUUUAGAACCUAAGUCCAUGGCUGAGGAUAGAAUAUCUGACUUACCUGACUCUAUCAUCAUUCACAUACUAUCUUUUCUUCCAACCAUAGUUGCCAUUCGGAUGAGCCUCCUUUCCAAGCGAUGGAGACGCAUGUGGAGUUUGAUUAAAGUGUUAAACUUCUCUGUUUCGAGGGAUGUUGAAUUUUUUAGAAGACCCAAUAGUGAGAAAAGUAAUGAGAGGAAGAAGUUCUUUAACUUUGUAGAUCGGUGUUUGAAUCGCCCAUAUGCUGAUACAAGCAUUGAAAAGUUUAAGCUUGAGGUGGAAUACUAUGGAGGCCGUCAUCGAAUGGAUCGCUGGAUGAGAUUUCCAUUAAAAAAGAAUGUUAGGGAGUUAGUCCUACAUGUCAAGCGAGCUAGGUCUUUGUAUUGCUUACCAAGUGCCCUACUUAGUUUGAGAACAUUAACCCUUCUCUAUUUGAAUGGUUUAGAAUUGGCCAUCAGUUAUGGUUCUCCUAUCGUAAACCUUCCAUCUUUGAAAGUGUUAUGUCUGUUGAAUGUUGUAAUGAACGAUCAAGUAUUGAACAGUCUACUGUUGGGUUGCCCUUGUCUUGAGAAGCUUCAUGUACAUUAUUGUUCCGGUUUGCUAAAUCCACAAAUUUUGAGUUUGAGCCUGAAAUCCAUGGAAUACUAUGAAUGUUAUAGAUAUUUUAUUCAGACAUUAACUGUUGAAGCUAAAAAUCUUCAAUAUUUCGAAUACAAGGGAGGCAGUGUGAGAAAGGACAACUGUCAUGUCAACCUUGUUCAUUGUGUGGAGAUUAAAAGUCUCUCAUUUUCUCAUGUUUGUAUGACUGGUCGAUGGUUUGAAGAUCUAAUUCCCCGACUUACCUUCCUUGAGAGUUUGAAAAUAGAUUCUUGCUAUGGGGUGAAUCAUAUCAAAGUUAGGAAUCAACAUUUAAAAGAACUCGACUUUGAUUGCUGCCUUAAUCGAUUGGAGUCGACGACAGAGAUUAUAAUCGACACACCAAGUUUGGAAUCCCUCACAUAUUCUGGCUGUUUAACAUUUAGAAUUUCUGUAAGCGCACCAAAAUUGUUGUAUGCUGAUAUCAAUGUUUGUGGACAACUUGAUAAGACUGCUUAUGAUAUGGAGUGGUAUACUAGUCUAAUAAAAUUUCUUUCUGAGUUCAAUGGGACCAAGAAUAUUAGAAUAUUUUGUGGCUCUGAGAAGGCUCUCAUCUUUCCAAAUGAACUAAGAGAUAUCCACCCUUCUCCUCUGUCUGAUGUCAAGUAUUUGAAGGUAAAGACAGCUUUUCCGUUGGUUAGAAAGGAAAUGUUCAGGAAGUCUAUGCAUUGGAUUUCACCUACUUUGGAGACAUUAACAAUUGAAUAGUUGUAUCAGAUUUGGCCUUCUUUGCAGACAUUAACAAUAGAAUUAUUUGUAUCUUUCCUUUGCAGUCAUGAGAUGUGGAUGUGAGUUCACUUUGAUUAUGUAAACUAAACUUGUGACUUCUUAACUCAUGACUCGUGUUGAUUUCUAUACUAAA